CAUCAAAAAUCAUCUGACACUAAUAAUUAAAAUGAGCCAUCAUCUCACACGAUAACACAGAGCACAUUAUACCUAUUUUAUACGGUUACACGAUAAUAGAAAUGAGCCGUGGCUUUCACGAGUCUUAUUACGAUCACGCGUGUCGGGUGAUCUCCGAACGCGAUAUAUUGGAUAGGAAUAUCGGAGACGUGACUUUGUUUAAGGCAAUAAAGAAGAAGUGGAAUGAUCUGUUUUUGCUCUCAUACUCCGAUACCAGAGCAGGCGACUUGUACCACAGCACCCAUGCCAUGAGGCUGGGCCGCUCUCACCAUUAUCUGAUGCACCGGGGAAGUAUACACCCUUUAAGCAAAUUUAGGAACUUUUGGGACAUGUUUAUUUUGCACGUUUUCAUAAUGCACCAACUAUUUGUUUAUUUAAAUACCACCCUAUUGUUACGAAGUGUUCCAGUAUUAACAACUUACAUUGGUAUGAUGCUCGAAGUGUUCAUGAUUUUUGAUAUAAUCAUCAAUUCACGGACUGGAUUCAUAGACAAGUUUAACAGAAGCGUCGAGCUAGAUAAAAGGCUAAUUUUGCGAAAUUACUGCUCCAAAAAGCUUUUCUUCCACACUGCGUCCGCCAUACCUCUGGUAUUCAUAAUGUUCCUCCGAUAUGGAAAUGAGAUAGGCUGCACUCUAUACAAAGCUAAUUACUUCAACUGUGUGAUCAGUUUCCUUACAAUAAUCAAUCUGUUGAGAGUGUACGAAUUAUCAUCGUACUGGGAGCGAGAUAGGACGUCGUUUACAUCUACAGUGAUUUGCGAUGUUCUACGAAUCGGCGUUAACGUCACUCUUAUUGCGACUCAACUGGUCCACUCUAGUGAUACAUUAAGCCUCAUUCAUGUAAUGAAAACGGAGACAAAGUCGGCGGUAAUUCACAACAUCUCCUCCAUCAACUCCUAUUUCGACGAACUUUUCAUGUUAAUACAUACGAAUAAUACAGGUACAAAAAUUAUCAAUGACAUGACAUUCGUAUAUGUUCAUUUUUGGAGAAUCGUGACUUUUUUAGGUCGUCCCCGUUUUGGCAUAAUUCAUGAUGAUGAUGAUGACAAUGAUGAUGUUAUUCAGUAUUACGCUCUUAUAUAUCCUCAUCCUUUAUUAAAUUUUAUAGCUUAUGGCAUAACGUUUUUUAUUACCAGUUGGUUGAUAAUGAAAAUAUUUUAUCUAAUCAGUCGUGCAAGUUACUUAGAUGAUGAGAUUCAUAACAGUGAAACGUAUUUACUGAAUCUGGUAAAAAGACGACAGCUGCCUGAACAACUAAAUUCAAUGAUAAAGGAGUACGUUCACUUUCCUGCAGCGAAAAUUAAAAUGAUUGAAAAUACUAUCAAGAAAUCUCUACCAAAUAGUUUAAACGAGGAGAUAGCAUGGCAUGGCUUUAGUCGUUUUGUGAUGCGGAUACCUUACUUUAGCGGGUGGCCAAGAGAGAUCUUAAAGAAGAUUGUUUACUUGGUUGAGGAGCUCAUCUUUCUCGAAAAUACUGUGGUAGUAGAGUCUGGAGUGGCAAGCCAGGGUCUGAUGAUAGUGGAUUCUGGUGUGUUGGCGGUGUACAAAAUGCACAACGGGAAUCAUUUUGGCACAAAACCAUUCUAUGACGAGGUGGAGCAUCUCAUUGACGGCGAUUACUUCGGACAACUCUCUCUUGUGACGGAAAGAGCGAUCAGUACAACCACAAUCGUGGCCAUCACCACAUGCAAGAUUCUAUUUGUGGAAAAAACACUCUUCAAACAUUUGAUGAGGAAUAAUCGAGAUCUAUUUUACUCUAUGCAAGAAGAGGUCCAGAAUGAGAUAACGAAACUUACAGAUGAAAUUGUAGAAUAGGGUGGGCAUAUUAUUUUGUAUUAACUAAGAAUAAUAAACGACAACUGAUAUGACUUCA